AUGCUUGCACAGUUAAAUAAGGAGGAGGAUGCAUUAAUAAACAAUAAUGUCAAAAUUACUAAAUUAAAGAGGCAUCUAUAUUUACCCUAUGAUAGUUGUUAUAAAUGUCAAGUUUAAUGCCCAUAAGGAUGUAAUAUUUGUAAUGGUUUGAUAUAUGAAGAUUGUCAAAAAGGGGGUGGUUAUUGCUUAAUGGCACAUGUAUAUCUAUAUGUGGGGACGGCUAUACUAUAGGGAAAAAAUUUUGCGAUGAUGGAAAUGAUAUUGAAUUUGAUGGAUGGAAUUAAUAUUCCUAUUCUUGUCACUAAAAAUGACUUAAAUUGCUUCUAAGAACUAUGUUUAAAAUAUCAAAAUGGAUACAAAGAGGUUGGGUCAUAAUGUUAUAAUGUUUGUGGGGAUGGUAUCCUUAUAGAACAAUUAGAAAAUGUGACGAUAGAAAUAGUUAGAAUAAUGACGGAUGCAGUGAUACUUGUUAAUAUUAGUUUAUGUGCCUACAUCCAAAGAUUAUACUUGCUAAACUCAAAAAACAAACUAAGAUUAUGAAGAGUUCCUAUUAUAAUUUUCUGAGCAAGUUCGUUUGAACAUAAACACAUAAGAGAAGAACAAUUUCUUCAAAUGAUUAUAGUUUUUAUUGAAAAUGCAAAAGAUAACGAAUACGAUGUUGAAAUCAAAUCCAUAACUUCUAUUACUACUGUAUUAACUGAAGUAUCCUAUACGAUAUUGGUCUAUUUUAAAAAUAAGAUUUCAAAUCCUAUUUUAAAAGUGACAGUCAGAUGUGAGUACAUUGUAAAUGUUUAAGACAAUACUUUAUUCUCUAAUGAAAUUAAGUUAGUAUUACCAACUCCUAACAAAAUGUCAAAUGUUGGAUAAUCCCUUAUUUCUAAAACAGUUAUGCUAAGUAGAAUUGUUAUGUAUAUCAUUUUGAUAGUAAGUGGUAUUUCUUUUUGGCCAGCAAUUAAACUUUUACUUGUUUAAUUAAGAACCACAAUUAAGAGAAAAAUAAAAGAGAUUUGUGAAAUAUUUAAUUCAUUAAAAAACAUGAAUGCCAUGUUUGAUUAAAGUCUUCUAUUUGAUUCUCCACAGUAAUUACGUUUAAGAUUAUAAUAAGAUUUUUCAUUUUUUAUAAAGCGAUUAUCAUUUUGUAUCAAACUAAGAUAAAAUGAUUAAUCGUCUUUGAAUAAUAAUAAUAUUUAUGAAUCAUAUUACAAAAGAUAACCUUAUCGAUCUGAACUCAAAGCUAACCGAUGAAAAUUACAGACUAACUUUGCUUGCAUACAGUCUUCAGCGAUAAUUAGACCUGGCAGCAGUAUAAAUAAACUAAACUUAAUAAUUAAAAGAAAGAUUAGAAAUUGUCUAAUUAGAAUUAAUAUAAUUAAAAAGGGACAAUCAAACCUAGAAGAACAAUUAUAUCUUAUUAGUUUAACAUCCAUGAUGAUGAAGAACAGAUUUUUAAAUAGUGAUAGAAAAUGUGAAAACAGAGUACGAAUAAAAACUAUAAGUUUACAAAAUGAGAAUAAAAGACUUAACAGGAUGAAUAAGGAGUAAUAGAAUAAACAGAUUAAUAACUUUGAAACCAAUCUCUUACAAUUAUUUGAAUUAAGUGUUGAAUUAAAAAAUAGGUUGGGUAGUUUUGGAUAAUAACCAUCUUCAAUGUACUCAUCAAUGAUAGCUCCAAAAGUGUUGACAAAGUCGAUUUAUGAUAACCUAAUCUAUCAAUUGAGUCAAAGCAGUGAAGAAGAGAAGACUUUUCGAGCAACUCAGUACUCAAUUUUUUACAUGUUAGAACAAUUAGAUUGCCAAAUUUGUAAUCCAAAGAAGUUAGAUAACCAAAAAGAAAUAUUCAAAAAAAAAAUUUACAGCUAUUCCUUUUAUUUAAAGUAUUAAUUAUAUCAAAUGAAAUAUAAAAUAAGCAAACUAUUUUUAUUUUAAUUCUAUGGAUUGAUUAAUAUUCAUUAAUUAUAUUUUUAUAACUUAAAUCCAUAAUUAUUAUAUAUGCAAAUCUAUCAAAGUACUUCUUGUAAAUCAAUGACCCAAGUAACUCAAAAAUGAUAUCAUGCGCUUUUUUUUUAAUAAUUGAAUGUAAAAAGAUUGGUAAUUUCCACUAAUCAAAGAUUUAAUUAAGAAUAAAAUUGAAUUAAAAUCAAUUGUCAAUUAUUGGUAGAUUAUGGAAUGUCUUUAAAAGAAUAUAAAGUUAUUACAGGAAUUCCUAAUUGCCACUCAUUUCAUUCGCAAUAUAUAAGGAGAUUUCAUUUGCAAAAUAUUAAUUGAAUAGUAUAUCUCACACUAUUGGCAGCUUGAUUACAGAAAAUAAUUAAUUACAAUUAGGUUGA